AUGGACCGGAGGAUCAACUUAAGCUCCGACAUCUUCCACAAAACUCUUAGCGCCGUCUCCGCCAAGAAAAUGCAGGACCCUUACCGGGGCGAGCCGCAGUCGUCGGCCGGCACGGGCUGCUUCGACCGGGGCGACGCCGACCCCAUGCAGCCGGGGGGUCUGGCCGGCGUGCGGGCGUCCGCUCUGGGCUUGCCCACCGGCUCUCUGUGCGUCAAGUACGGCGAAAACUCUGCGACUGUAGCGGAAAGCAGCGGCGGCGAGCAGAGCCCCGACGACGACAGCGACGGACGCUCGUGCAGCGGUGAUAUGUUGCUUCUUGCCGAACGCAAAGGCAAAGCGGAGGGGGGCAAGAAAAGCAAAGAACAGAAGCUUUUGCGUCUCAACAUCAACGCGCGGGAGCGGAGACGCAUGCACGACCUGAACGACGCGCUGGACGAACUCCGAGGCGUCAUCCCAUACGCGCACAGCCCGUCCGUUAGGAAACUCUCCAAAAUCGCUACUCUACUCCUGGCUAAGAACUACAUCCUCAUGCAGGCGCAAGCGCUGGAGGAGAUGCGCCGGCUGGUGGCCUACCUCAACCAGGGCCAGGCCAUCUCCGCAGCGGCCAUUCCGGGCACCACCGCGCUGGCCGCGCCGCCGCCCGGCUUGGGCGCCUACGAGCCCCCGCCGCCUCCGCCCGGCUACCCGGCCUUCCCUUCCACCGCCGCCGGGGUGGCCGCGUCGUCGUGCCCGGACAAGUGCGCCCUGUUCAACUCCGCCGCCUCCAGCCUGUGCAAACAGUGCACCGACAAGCCUUAG